GCAUCAACCUUGAAAACACAGACCUCGAGAAUCGACAAAUUAUCAUUUCUUUCAAGAAAGACGUCAUCAUGGCCCCUCGAGAUACAGUUUACGAUCAUAAUGCGGAGAGUAUGGAUAAGCGCUACGAUUCGAGCAGAAAUGCCGACUUAAUCGCCGACGCAGGAAAGGUCCACAUGGACAAGCCCCAAAUGUGGGGAAAAGGAAUUAUCAGUGACGUGAAACGAACAGUUCUCACCCAUUGGAAGGACGAAAUGAUCAAUCUCAACCAAAAGACGAUCGCUGUUACCCUCCUUCUCUUUAUAUCCGUUAUCGCUCCUACUCUUACUUUUGGUGCAGUGUACGGAAAGGUUACCGAGAACCGCAUCGGAGCCAUCGAAACAAUUCUUGCGACAGCCUGGGUCGGAUGUACUUACGCCCUGUUUGGCGGUAUGCCUACGUGCAUCAUUGGUUCUACCGGUCCCGUCCUUGCCUUCUCUACCGUGAUCUACAAUAUGUCCGAUUCUCUCGAUAUCCCCUUCCUGUCAUUCAAUGCUUGGAUUAGUGCUUGGCUUUUUGGUUACUGUCUUCUUGCUGGAUUUUUUGACUUGACACGCUUUGUCCGUCUCGCCACUCGUUUCACUGAUGAGAUUUUUGCACUUCUCAUCGUCAGUAUUUUCGUCAUGGAUGCAAUCGGCGACCCCUUCUCCGAUGUCGGUAUUCUGCGCUAUCUUGCCCCUCGCCACCCAUCACAUGAAGAUUUUGAAGACGAUCCGGACUACGACUUCAAAACGACUGGCCUUCUGAGCGUCAUUCUUGGUCUUGGAACAACGUCUCUGAUCUUCUUUUUCCGUAGCUUCAAGUUCUCCCCGUUUUUCUGCAACCAAGGCAUUCGCACUUCCGUACACGACUUCGCGGUCACUGCAUCCGUUGUGAUUUGGACGCUUGUCAAGGAGCUUCUCUUCGACAAUGUUGACACUGAGGGACUCAAUGUCCCGGAGCGCUUUGAGCCCACCUUUGCUUGUUGCGAUGCCAGUUGCCUUACCUUCUUCCCCGAUGACUGCCUUGACCAGGCCGCCGCAGCCGGUACUCGCAGUUGGUUCGUUGACUUUUCUGACCUCAACGGCAAAGCCUGGGCCCCUUUCCUUGCGGCUGGUCCUGCCGUUCUCGCAUUUGUCUUGUGCUUCCUCGAUAACGGUAUCACUUGGCAUCUGAUUAACCACAAGAGUCACAACUUGCAACACGGAGAAGCCUACAACUACGACUUGUGUCUGAGCGGAUUCUUCAACUUUGUGAACGGUAUGCUUGGACUCCCUUGGUUGGUGGCCACAACCGUGCCUUGCAUCAUCCACCUGAAUGCUUUGGCUGACAAAGAUAAGGACGGCAAAUUUCUAUCUGUCCAGGAAACUCGGUUGACACCUUUGUUCGCUCAUCUAUUAGUGGGGGUCUCCAUUUUGGCUUUGGACGUGUUGAAGCUUCUGCCUCUGCCAGUCUUGUACGGAGUCUUUUUGUUUAUGGGUUUGUCUUCGUUACCCAAUAUGCAGUUCUGGAACCGUUUCUUGUUCUUCUUUAUGCAGCCCAGCGAGUACCCCGAGACCGUGUACACGCGCUACAUGAGUAAGGCGCGUAUCCACAAGUAUACCUUGUUCCAGAUUUUCUUCUUUGCAUUGGUUUUCAUUGUGCAGAACUUCAAGGUUAUUGCCAUUGUUUUCCCUCUGAUGACCCUCCUCUGUAUUCCGGCCCGUUUGUUUUUCUUGCCCCGUUUUUUUGAAGGCUGGGAACUUUUGUUGCUGGAUGGCGAAGAUGAAGCGAUUUCGCAGUGGGAAGAAGCCAAGCAACGCUCAAUGCUGUCUGAGGACGAACUACGAAUGGCAACAAAACACGACAUGAAGAUUGACGAUGGAGAAGAAGACGAAGAAUCCUCGGAAGAUCAUGUUUGAGAUCUGCAAUUUACCCAUUCAUGAAAAGCAAUAAUCUGUAAAAUUGUCGCGCUCGCUUCUGGUUUGAUGUAGUUCCCAUGUAAAACCUCAGCCUAUUCUUAUACCCUAAACCUUAACGCAUGAUUGCUAUUGG